AUUUGUUCGGUAUGUUUUUUCGCUGUAUGUUUUUCUUUCCAAAAGCUGUUUAAUAUCUGCUAAACAGAUCUUGCUCCCAAAGUUGAACCCUUGCUGUUACCCAAACAGAGCGCGGGAUUUGAAUACGGGUGGGAUUAAAAAGAACGACCAUUCCGCCCGUUUCCGUGACCGCGGGUUCCAUUGUGAAAAGGGUUCCAGGUGGUGGCGCUAAUUCUGUAACUCUAACUUUCUCCGACUGCACUAAAGUGGAGAAGCAGAAGAUUGUGUUGUGGUCAGCAGUCCACGCGCUCAGACACUGUUGUUGGAGGACCUGAGACCAGAGCUGAACUGUUGAAGAAAUGAAGGGGGUCCUGUUUCAAGUCUUCUUCCUCUGCACCUCCCUACCCAGUUUAAAUGUGCUUCCAUAAACACGUCAGAAAAGGUUGAAACAGGUCAAAUAUAAAAUAUGGCAUCCAGAAGAAGUUCUGGUACUCAGCAAACAUCAUCUGGUCCCAUUUACACAAACACAUCUGACAGGCAAACACAGAAACGCAGCAAGGAGAGAAAUCACUACUGCUUGGAGUGUGGAAAGAGUUUUACUAAACUGAGUAAUCUGAAAACACACCAGCGCAUUCACACAGGAGAGAAGCCGUAUCACUGCUCAGAGUGUGAGAAGAGUUUUUAUCAUCAGAGUCAUCUUAAAAUACACCAGCGCACUCAUACUGGAGAGAAGCCGUAUCACUGCUCAGAGUGUGGGAAGAGUUUUACUGUACAGAGUCACCUCCAACAACACAAGCGCAUUCACACAGGAGAGAAGCCGUAUCACUGCUCAGAGUGUGGAAAAAGUUUUAGUCAACAGAGUUCUCUCCAGCUCCACCAGCGCAUUCACACAGGAGAGAGGCUGUAUCACUGCUUAGAGUGUGGGAAGAGUUUUAGUCAACAGACUCAUCUCCGACAACACCAGCGCAUUCACACAGGAGUUAAACCGUAUCACUGCUCAGAGUGUGGCAAGAGUUUUACUCGUCUGAGUUAUCUCCAACAACACCAUCUCAUUCACACAGGAGAGAAACCGUACUACUGCUCAGAGUGUGGGAAGAGUUUUACUCAACAGAGUCAUCUCAAAGCACACCAGCGCAUUCACACAGGGGAGAAGCCGUAUCACUGCUCAGAGUGUGGGAAGAGUUUUCAUCAACAGAGUCAUCUUAAAAUACACCAGCGCAUUCACACAGGAGAGAAGCCGUAUCACUGCUCAGAGUGUGGGAGGAGUUUUACUGACCAGGGUAAUCUCAAAAUACACCAGCGCAUUCACACAGGAGAGAAGCCUUUUCAUUGCUCUGAGUGUGGGAAGAGUUUUAAUCAACAAGGUAAUCUUCAACAACACCAGCGCAUUCACACAGGAGAAAAGCCAUAUCACUGCUCAGAGUGUGGGAAGAGUUUUAAUCAACAAGGUACUCUUCAACAACACCAGCGCAUUCACACAGGACAGAAACCGUAUCACUGCUCGGAGUGUGGGAAGAGUUUUAAUCAUCAAGGUACUCUUCAACAACACCAGCGCAUUCACACAGGAGUUAAACCGUAUCACUGCUUAGAAUGUGGGAAGAGUUUUACUAUACAGAAUCAUCUCCAACAACACCAGCGCAUUCACACAGGAGAGAAGCCGUAUCACUGCUCAGAGUGUGGGAAGAGUUUUAAUCAACAGAGUACUCUCAAAAUACACCAGCGCAUUCACAGUGGAGAGAAGCCGUAUCACUGCUCAGAGUGUGGGAAGAGUUUUAAUCAACAGAGUCAUCUCAAAAUACACCAGCGCAUUCACAGUGGAGAGAAGCCGUAUCACUGCUCAGAUUGUGGGAAGAGUUUUAAUCAACAGAGUCAUCUCAAAAUACACCAGCGCAUUCACAGUGGAGAGAAGCCGUAUCACUGCUUAAACUGUGGGAAGAGUUUUACUGUACAGAGUCAUCUCCAACAACACCAGCGCAUUCACACAGGAGAGAAGCCGUAUCACUGCUUAGAAUGUGGAAAGAGUUUUACUGUACAGAGUUCUUUCCUAAAACACAAGAUCAUUCACACAGGAGAGAAGCCGUAUCACUGCUUCAAGUGUGGGAAGAGUUUUAAUCAACAGAGUAAUCUUCAACAACACCAGCGCAUUCACACAGGAGAGAAGCCAUAUCACUGCUUGGAGUGUGGAAAAAGUUUUAAACGAAAGAAUACUCUCAAAAUGCACCGGCGCAUUCACACAGGAGAGAAGCCGUAUCACUGCUCAGAGUGUGGGAAGAGUUUUUCUCAUGUGAGUAAUUUCCUAAAACACCAGCGCAUUCACACAGGAGAGAAGCCGUAUCACUGCUCAGAGUGUGGGAAGAGUUUUAAUCAUCAGAGUCAUCUCAAAACACACCAGCGCAUUCACGCAGGAGAGAAGCCGUAUCACUGCUCAGAGUGUGGGAAGAGUUUUAAUCAUCAGAGUCAUCUCAAAACACACCGGCGCAUUCACACAGGAGAGAAGCUGUAUCACUGCUCAGAGUGUGGGAAGAGUUUUAAUCAUCAGAGUUAUCUCAAAACACACCAGCGCAUUCACACAGGAGAGAAGCCGUAUUACUGCUCAGAGUGUGGCAAGAGUUUUAAUCAUCAGGGUACUCAUGAAAAACACCAGCGCAUUCACACAGGACAGAAACCGUAUCACUGCUUAGAGUGUGGGAAGAGUUUUACUGUACAGAGUAAUCUCCAACAACACCAGCGCAUUCAUACAGGAGAGAAGCCAUAUCACUGCUCAGAGUGUGGGAAGAGUUUUACUGUACAGAGUAAUCUCCAACAACACCAGCGCAUUCAUACAGGAGAGAAGCCGUAUCACUGCUCAGAGUGUGGGAAGAGUUUUACUGUACAGAGUAACUUCCAACGACACCAGCGCAUUCACACAGGAGAGAAACCGUAUCACUGCUCAGAGUGCGGGAAGAGUUUUAAUCAUCAGAGUCAUCUCAAAGCACACCAGCGCAUUCACAGUGGAGAGAAGCCGUAUCACUGCCCAGAGUGCGGGAAGAGUUUUAAUCAACAGAGCCAUCUUCACCAACACCAGCGCAUUCACUCAGGAGAAAAGCCAUAUCACUGCUUGGAGUGUGGAAAAAGUUUUAAUCGAAAGAAUACUCUCAAAAUGCACCGGCGCAUUCACACAGGAGAGAAGCCGUAUCACUGCUCAGAGUGUGGGAAGAGUUUUACCGUACAGAGUAAUCUUCUAAAACACCAGCUGAUUCACACUGGAGAGAAGCCGUAUCGCUGCUCAGAGUGUGGGAGGAGUUUUAAUCAACGGAUUAAUCUCCAAACACACCAGCGCACUCACACAGGAGAGAAGCCGUAUCACUGCUUAGACUGUGGGAAGAGUUUUAAUUACGUGAGUAAUAUCUUGAGACACAAGCGCAUUCACACAGGAGAGAAGCCGUAUUACUGCUCAGAGUGUGGGAGGAGUUUUGCGUAUUCAAGUAGUUUGAAGACACACAAGUGCACUAAGAGCAGAGGUGGAAAUGGGCAGUAAUGAUUAUAACCUUAGAACACUGUAGGAUUAAAAGUCUGCAGGGAAUGGUGUUUCUCGCCCAAAUUAGAAAAAUCUGCAUAGCUUUUAUCAGAGGAGAAAUUCAACUUUUGUUGUUUUAUGCUGUUUCUAGUAUAUGAGUGUAAAAUAAAAUUUCAUUAAUAAUAUUAAUAACAAAGUGAGAACAAUCUGGAAGCUCCACAUUAAAUAAUAAAGGUUCUUUUUAAUUUAGUCUAGUGUGUUUCUGAUGCAAUGAUGCAUGUUUUCACAAACACGUGACAGUGGACUUUGCUCCUCAAGUCCCACUUUUGCUCAUUUGAUUCCUGCAUGUGACAUGUUUGCUUGCUGCAAUGAAAGUGCCAUUCAGUCUUCCCUUUUAAAUCUUUAGGAGAUUUUUGUAUGCUGUGUUCAGGGUGUUCUUGUUGAAGACUGUAGUAAAGGAGAUGUGAUCCUGUAGACUGCAACAGGGAAUUUUUUUGUUGUGGUGGGCAGAACUGAACAGCUUUGUAAAAGAGACACAUGAGUAUGAACUGCAAGACAUCAAGCUGUCCGAGGCGAUGUUUACAUUACCAGGUUGAAGUGGCACAAAUCCGAUUUUUUUUGCCCUGACGUGACUCAAAUCUGAUGUUUUCAGAGCUGUGUGGACACGCAAAUCCGACCUGAGCCACUUUCAUAUGUGAUCCUAGAUCGGAUACGUGUCCGAUUCAUGGCCAUGGGACCUUAAUGCGAACGCUCAGAUCAAAAUUCAUGUGCUCUUUUUCCAGUGCACAUGCGCCAUCAUUCGGCAUUACCAUGGCAACAGCGCCGAGCAAAAGUUAAAGCCUGUAAACUGUGAAAGCUCAUCUCACAUCUCACCUUUUUCUCCUUCGUCUCGCUCUAAUA